UAGCUGACGCGUCUUAACCGCGGCGUGCGCAGGUGCUGCCGGCGUCAUUCGUCACGCAACGUUCGCGCGUUCGAAACCGGUUUUCGACGCCACGCACCGCACAUAGCAGCUGACGGUUGAGCGAUUAUUUGUUUUGCUCGUUUUUGCUGCCCUAUCGCACCCCUCAGCUCACUCGUGGAAUUUAACCGUGUGCCCCAGUCCAGUCCAAAGGGCGGCCAAUCGAUUUGGAGCUUUGGUGUAUGUGUGUGUUUUGUUUUUUUCCGUGUGGUUUUGGUCACCUUCCGCAUCGCGUGCACUGAGUGAAACGUUUGUGUUCCGAUAGCGAAAAUGCAUACCAAAGAGGACGACCAGUUCGUGUUGUACGGUGGACCCGACCCAACUGACCUGGACCGCUAUGGGUCGCUCGGAGAGGUGAUAGUUGCAGAGUUGAAGCUCCGCCCGACGAAUAUUGGUUUGAUAGAUCCGGUUACGCUGGAAGAACUGAGCUACAGCCAAAUCUUAGAGCGAUCUGCGCGGCUUGCCAUUGGACUUGCGAAGCUAGGCAUCAAGCGGACGGACAAUGUGGCCAUCUUCAGCCAGAACAGCCUGGAGUAUUGCAUCACGAUGUUUGGUAGCAUAUUCGUCGGUGCUCCGCUGGCACUGCUCAAUCCGGCCUAUGUCGAAGGGGAGCUAAGGCACGCGAUAGGACUGGCGAACCCAAAGCUUAUCUUCAUAUCGCCCGAUGUGCUUCAAAAGCUGAUGCACACGCUCCGUGGAAUACAGGGACCAAAGCCGCGCGUUGUGCUGUGUGGCGAACUUCCGGACGCUAGACAACAUCCGGAGCUGAUCCCGUUCGCCAGUCUGCUCGACAAUGGACCGUUGGAUUUAAAUGUCUACCGACCGCAGCCAGUCAACAAGGCCGGACAGGUGGCACUAAUCGUAUUGUCGUCCGGAACCACAGGCCUACCUAAGGGAGUUGAGUUGACGCAUCAGAGCAUCAUUGCUACGAUCGCACACUCGAAGGAGUCGGCUAAGCUGCUGGAGCUACCCGAUCAGCUGGUGGCGCUAGCAGUGACUCCUCUGUUCCACGUCGUCGCCGGUGUCGGGCUGCUGAAUAUGGUUACCAACAAUUGCCGGUGUGUGGUGAUGCCGCGGUUCGAUCCACACCUGUUUCUUAGCUGUAUUGAAAAGUAUCGCGUAAAUCUAAUGACACUCGUACCUCCGCUGAUGGUCUUUCUGGCCAAACAUCCCAUGGUGGACAACUACGAUCUCUCCUCGCUGAUGACGCUGUUCUGUGGCGCGGCUCCUUUGAGCAAGGAGAUCGAGGAUCAGGUGCGGGAGCGACUGGGUGUAGCUUUCAUUCGGCAAGGGUACGGCAUGAGUGAAACCACGCUCGGUGUGUUGAUGCAGGACGGAUUCGAGAACAAAGCGGGCAGCGUGGGAAAGGUGCGCAUGGGUCAGUGGGUGAAGGUGAUUGACCCGGAGACGGGCCGUGCGCUCGGACCGAACCAGCGGGGUGAGCUGUGCUUUAAGGGCUCAUUGAUCAUGAAAGGAUAUGUGGGCAAGGAGCAGGCCAUCGAUGCUGACGGUUGGCUGCACACGGGAGAUAUUGCGUACUACGAUGAUGAUCACGAGUUUUUCAUCGUGGACCGGAUCAAGGAGCUGAUCAAGUACAAGGGCUUCCAGGUACCGCCGGCCGAGCUGGAAGCGAUACUGCUCGAACAUCCGAAGGUAAGUGAUGCGGCUGUUAUCGGCGUACCGGACGAGCGUGCUGGCGAGCUUCCACUAGCGUUCGUUGUGAAAGAGCAUGGCGAGCAGCUGACGGAGCAGGAGGUGAAGGACUUUGUCGCGAGCAAGGUGUCGGAGCAGAAGCGCUUGUACGGUGGCGUUCGGUUUAUCGAGCAAAUUCCAAAGACUGCGAGCGGUAAAAUAUUGCGCCGUGAGCUAAGGGACCUGGUUAAAAAUACUAAAUCAAAGUUGUAAGCAGUGAUUAUUGACAGUCAGUCUAGUCGUGGUAAGGAAAUAAUAAAAAAAAAAAUUGGGUGGUGUAUUAAGUUUUUGAAGAAUGUGAAUACUUCAUAACAAUGUCAAGUAUAAGAAUGAAGUAUUGAAAAAUAAGAAAUAAAGUAAUAAUGGGUGGUCUAA